CGCACGCAUUGAUGGCCGGGAGCUUGUUGCUUCCCCACACAUUUCCUACCUCACAGCUUCUUGUCGCCUGUCGCGCGGUGAUGGGAUGGUGCAGUAACGCACGCGACAAUGGCACCUCAGAAGCGCCAAUACGGCGAUCUCGGAAAUGAGGGCUCGCCACUCAACUCACCACGGAACGCAUACUCGCCUUCUCUCACUCGCUACACCAAUCCGUCUUCGUCGCAAGGAUACGCACUCUCUUCGCCAUCACAGCAUUAUGAACGUACACCGAAACAGCCGCGUACCGCCCUAAAUGCGCAUCCCUCGCGACUGGCAACCGGCUCUUCGCAUGCUGACGCCCUAGUCAUCGAUAGUGACGAUGACGACGACGCUUCGCAGGAAGCACCGGAGUCGACUCAGGCCUACAACGAGCAGCAGUACAGCUAUGGCCUCUACGGCAUGCUUCACAACAAGAUUGUAGGCGUCAGGUUCCACAAUGGCUAUGCAACGGUCGGAGAGAUGGUCAUUUGCAGGCGCCAGCCGCAGAAUCGAUUCGACAGAAACGCCAUCGAAGUUCUCAACGUGCAAGGCGAGCAGAUCGGUCACAUACCGAAGACCUGGGCUGCAAAGCUGGCCAAGUACAUGGAUAAUCGCAGCCUCCUUGUGGAAGCGCAAAUCAUCGGACCUAAGGGCGAUUUCGACUGCCCGAUUGAGAUCAGGCUGUACGGAACGAACGAGCCAGUUGAGCGUGAGAAACUCAUGGCUCAGAUGAGAGAAGAUAAGCUUCCAGUCGGACACGCGGCAGAUCGUAAACGCAAAGACGCAGCAGCUCAGAAGGAGAGGCACCGACUGGCCAAGGAGGCUGCCAAGCAGGCGAAGCAGCAUGGUGGGGCUAUUGUAGGUGUCGGCGAAGGUCAAAACUGGGAGAACGGCAUGAGUGACUACAUGGCUGGCUCUACACAGUCCGACGGCACGGGACCAGGGCCUAGUCUGAUGGAUAUAAUUGGCGCCAGCGAGCGCUUCAACCCCAGGAACUUCGAGAACGUUGUCGAGGAGUUCGGCGUCAAGGAGCAAGAUCUUGCUACUAUGGCCAAGGCGGCGCAGCCUAAGGCCCUUCAUACUGAGAUGCACCCUUUCCAGCUCCAAGGACUGCACUGGAUGCUAGACAAAGAAUCUCCACAGCUACCAGUUCAGGGCUCGAACGAUAUUGUGCAGCUCUGGAAGCGCCACGCUCGUAUGCCCGACGCCUUUACAAAUGUGGCCACGAACUAUUCUGUCACCAAUCCAAAGCUAGCUUCUGGAGGUAUUCUAGCAGAUGACAUGGGAUUGGGUAAAACCAUUCAGGUCAUUUCGCUCAUCAUGGCUGAUAAAGAGCUGGGGCGCCGAGCCUCUGGUGUUGCUGAUGCUACGCUCAUCCUAGCACCAGUCUCUGUCAUGAGCAACUGGACCACGCAAAUGAAGAGGCACAUCAAGCCAGAACAUGCCCUCCGCACCAUGUUCUGGCACGGCACGCGCAAAGAGCCUAUCACACCCAAGCAGAUCGAAAACUACGAUGUGGUCAUCAGCACAUACGAGUCGGUAUCGGCAGACUGGUACUCGCAGAAGAGUUCGGCACUGCCUAAGAAAUCAGGCCCGUUCUCCAUAACGUGGAGGCGUAUCGUCCUCGAUGAAGGCCAUAACAUUCGCAACCCCAAGGCAAAGAAGACCAUUGCCGUCAGCAACCUACUGGCCCAGUCGAGAUGGUCGUUGACAGGUACGCCAAUCAUCAAUAACCUCAAAGAUCUUUAUAGUCAGGUCCGAUUCCUUCGCCUUUCGGGUGGUCUUGACUCUUUUGAGAUCUUCCACGGCGCCAUCUCUCGUCCUGUGCUGGCUGGCGAUCCACGAGGCAACAAGGCCUUGCAGAUGCUCAUGGGUAACAUCUGCUUGCGGCGCAAGAAGGAAAUGUCAUUCAUCGACCUCCGCCUACCUGAGCUGUCCGAGUACGUCCACAAGUUCAAGCUUCAUCCACACGAGCAAGAGAAGUACGACGCAUUGGAGGCACAGGCCAAGGGUACUCUCGACAUCUACAGAAACAACAUUGGCAAUCAGAAGGCUCAGAAUACUUACCGUCACCUCCUCGAGGUCCUCCUCCGCAUGCGCCAGCUGUGCAACCACUGGCAACUUGUCGGCGAGGAGCGCCUCGAUUCGAUCAUGAAGCAGCUCGAGGCCGAAGGUGUUGUCGACCUUACCGCAGAGAACAAGGAGGCUCUGCAGAAGAUACUUCAACUGUCCAUCGACUCUCAAGAGGACUGUCCGAUAUGCUUCGACACCUACAAGGAGCCUGUAAUCACGAAAUGUGCACACAUCUUCUGCAUGCCUUGUCUAGAGCGAGUCAUCGAACUGCAAGGCAAAUGUCCCAUGUGCCGCGCAGCCCUCGAGUCAGUCAGUUCCACAACCGUCGAGCCGGCCGUCGAAACGUCCGCAAAGCCCGAGCCCACGCCGGAACCCAAAGCAGACAAAGCCUCUCUUUCUCAAAAAACAAGUAGCAAAGUCGAGCAGCUCCUACAAAUUCUCGCCGCCAACCGGGAAGACAAGACAAACAAAACUGUUAUUUUCAGCCAGUGGACAUCAUUCCUCGACCUCAUCCAGGUGCACCUAGCAUCAGCAGGUUGCAAAUACACGCGCAUCGACGGCUCCAUGAGCGCCGUGGCCCGCGACGCCGCCCUCGAAGCCCUCGACAACGACCCAGACAUAACCAUCAUGCUCGCCUCGCUCUCCGUGUGCUCUGUCGGCCUCAAUCUAGUCGCAGCUAACCAGGUCAUCAUGGCGGAUAGCUGGUGGGCACCUGCCAUCGAAGAUCAGGCAGUCGACCGCGUACAUCGCCUGGGCCAGAAGCGCGAGACUACUGUGUUCCGUCUUGUUGUUGAGGGCAGUGUGGAAGAGAGAGUGCUGGGUAUCCAAAGCGAUAAGAGGAGGUUGAUGGCUAUGGCAUUCGCGGAGAAGGAGGGGGGAAAGAAAAAGAAUAUCCGCAGUGGUGGGCUGAGCGAUCUGACGAGGUUGCUUGGGCAGUGUGAGGACGGUGAUGGUGCGGCUGCAACUGCUAAUGCAAGUGGCAGUGGCAGUGGUAGUACCGGCAGCGGUGGCGGUGGAAGAGGACGAAUGAAGUGAUCUAAGUGACUGUAUAUGACGAUCAUAUGAGGGUGCUCGUUGUUGAACGAGUAUGCAAGGCGUUAUUGUUUUCCAUGGUAUACCCGGUACAAAGGGUCUCUGAAUUCUAGUCCGAUACUAUUCUGCAAAUGCGCGUUUACCAAACAAACCGUGGAGCAUCGUGAGCUCCAUUUCAUCCUCAUCAACGGCCUCCAGACUCCAGCUCUACCAAGAACGCACGUGCGGGGAUGAUCUGGGGAAGGUAACAGCGCUCGAAACGCGUCU